AUGACGGCGUCGACGAAACGUCCACGCCAGCGCGCAUGGCCGGGCCUAGCGCCAGACGUCCUGCGCGACGUCCGCUCCCGGCUCCCGUCCCUCGCCGACCGCGUCCGCCUCCGCGCCAUCUGCCGCCCAUGGCGCACGGGCGUCAAGCUCCAGCCGUGCCGGGCCCCUCCGCAUCUCCCCUGGCUCGCCCUCCCGGACGGCACCGCCUUGGACUUCGCCCACAACAGCGCGUACCGUCUGCGUAUCCCAAACGACGACGGCCCCUGCUACAGCGCCGGCGAGAGCAUGUUCUUCCACCACGGCAACGACGGGCGGUGCUCCGUGGUCAACGGGUUCUCCGGCGCCGCGACGCCUCUCCCCGAGCUGGCCGAACUCCUACGGUCUCACAUGGUAAAUCCAUGCGACGAGAAAAAGUUCGAGUCCAAGCGGUCUGAGAAUAUGAGGAUCAAGAAGGUGGCGAUGUCAUCCGUGGCAGCCUCGCCGAACCAUCAACGCCUCGUGGCCGUUCUAGCCAGUAACUGCUCCAAAUCCAGAGUCUUUAUCUCCACGUGCCGACCGGCCGGCGAGAUCAACUCGUGCAUUGUGACGCAGGAGACAUCCACCAUCCUCGACGUCGCCUUCUUCCAAGGGAAGAUGUACGCGCAGGUCAAGAUAUUCCAGGAGCUCCUCGCCGUCGAACUCAGCGACGGCUGGCUCGACAAGCCGCCGACGCCGCCCGGCGUCCAACCUCAAGUGAAAGCGUUCACAUCAUGGAUAUGGCCCCCUGACCUCCAACCGGACAUGUAUCUGAAACAAUUCUCCCACGACAAUAGCCCGAACGAGCAAGUACAGCAAUAUCUAGUGGAAUCCAACAGCAAGCUGCUGCUGGUGAGGAGAUAUUUCCGGGCCCCACCCCCGCAAAUUGGCCGCAAACAACAUUUAAGUUGCCGGUUCGAGGUGCUCGAGGCGGACCUCACGGACGGUCCCGGCCUUGGCCUGUGGAAGAAGGCCCGCAGCCUCGACGGCUGGGCGCUCUUUGUGGGCGCCACGUGCUCCAAGUCUUUCCGUGCUAGUGAUGUUGAUGGAGCUCGAGGAGAUUGUGUCUACUUCCUGCUCGAUCAUGGCAAUCCCCUUGGCCACGCCGGCGUGUACAGCGUGGUGCACAGGACGAUCGUGCCGUUCAUGCCACCGUCGCGGAGGGUAAAGCCAAAGAGAUGGUCAUGGGAUAACCUGAGGUUUCCGGCAUGGUUUUUCCCGGUUGAAGUUUAG